AUGCAGCGCCCCCCGAGCCCGCGGUCGCCGCCGCCCGCGGUCCUGCUCCUGCUGCUGCUGCCGCUGCCGCUCGGAGCCGGCGAACCCCUUCCCACAGAGAGACGGCUCCUGAACAGCUGUAUCCAGGCCCGGAGGAAGUGCCAGGCUGAUCCCACUUGCAAGGCUGCCUACCACCACCUGGAUUCCUGCACCUCUAGUAUAAGCACCCCAUUGCCCUCAGAGGAGCCUUCAGUCCCUGCAGACUGCCUAGAGGCAGCACAACAACUCAGGAACAGCUCUCUGAAAGGCUGUACAUGCCACCGUCGCAUGAAGAACCAAGCUACCUGCCUGGGUAUCUAUUGGACCAUUCACCGUGCACGCAGCCUUGGUGACUAUGAGCUGGAGGUCUCCCCGUAUGAAGAUGCAGUGACCAGCAAACCCUGGAAAAUCGAUCUCAAUGAACUGAACGUGCUCAAACCAGACUGGGACCUCUGCCUCAAGUUCGCUAUGCUGUGUACUCUCAAUGACAAGUGUGACCGGCUGCGCAAGGCCUACGGGGAGGCGUGCUCUGGGCCCCGCUGCCAGCGCCAAGUCUGCCUCGGGCAGCUGCUCACCUUCUUCGAGAAGGCGGCGGAGUCCCACGCGCAGGGAAUGCUGCUGUGCCCGUGCGCGCCCACCGACCGCGGCUGCGGGGAGCGCCGGCGCAACACCAUCGCCCCCCGCUGCGCGCUGCCGUCCGCCGCCCCCAGCUGCCUGGAGCUGCAGCGCCUCUGCCUCUCCGACCCGCUGUGCAGAUCACGCCUGGUGGAUUUCCAGACCCACUGCCAUCCCAUGGACAUCCUGGGGACUUGUGCAACAGAGCAGUCCAGAUGUCUACGAGCAUACCUGGGGCUGAUUGGAACUGUCAUGACCCCCAACUUUGUCAGCAACGUCAAUGCCAGUGUUGCUUUAAGCUGCACCUGCCAAGGCAGUGGCAACCUGCAGGAGGAGUGUGAACAGCUGGAAGGGUUCUUCUCCCGUAACCCCUGCCUCACGGAGGCCAUUGCAGCUAAGAUGCAUUUUCACAGCCAACUGUUCUCCCAGGACCGGGCAGACUCUACCUUUUCUGUGGUGGAACACCAGAAUAAAAACCCUGCUCUGAGGUCACUGGCCUGGGUGCCCUCUCUUUUCUCCUGCACACUUACCUUGAUUCUGCUCCUGAGCUUCUGGUAG